AUGGAAGAGCCAUGGUGGAAAGGAGACCUUGCAGCAGACGUUCACCAGACUCUGAGACUGAAGGAACUGAAACUGCCAGUCUACAAGGCCCAUUCUCCACAAAUCGAAAGACGGUGCUACUUUGCUCACCUCCUUACUGUCCUCAGCAGCCAUUGCCAACUUUGUCCCACAGCUCGGCACCUUGCUGUCUACUUGCUGGACCUUUUUAUGGAUCGCUAUGAUGUUACUGUGAAGCAGUUAUAUGUCGUUUCAAUUGCGUGUCUUCUCCUUGCAAGCAAAUUUGAAGAGAAAGAGGAUAAAGUGCCCAAACUACAACUGCUGAACAACUUUGCUUACAUGUGCAGCCUUAAUCUAAUGCUUACGAAAAAAGACCUACUGAAGAUGGAACUGUUGCUCCUGGAGAGCUUCAAUUGGAAUCUGUGUCUGCCAACGCCAGCACACUACAUUGACUACUACCUCUUUGCUUCUGUCAGUGAGAGUGACCUCCACAAAGGUUGGCCCAUCACCUCUGUAACCAAGUUCAGAGCCAUCAUGGAGAAAUACUCUCACUCGUUCCUAGAAGCUUCACUGCAAGAUCAUGUUUUUCUUUCUUUUCGACCUUCUCUUGUUGCUGCUGCUUGUGUGGGUGCCUCCCGCCUCUAUCUUGAGAUGUCUCCCUUGUGGACCACCCAACUUCAGCUGCUGACAUGUUAUUCCUGGGAACACCUUAUUCCUUGCAUUGAACUCAUGCUUGGCAAAGUUCAUAGUAAGGAUCCCAGAGAAAACACACAGAAAAAGGAUUGCAUGGCCCUGUUGCAACAACGACAGCAGCAACAAAUAAUGGAAAGCCUAACACUCCAGACGCCAACUCAGGUUCUCUUCCAUCAGCCACAGUACCAUCCCCUGCCCCAACCCUCAGCUGUCCUGUCGCAGUUCUGUUCUCCAAUACAGGAUCUGUGCUCCGCUUAUCGGGAUUCCUUGCAAGCUCCUCGAUCUAGUGGCCUCAGUUCAGGGAACAGUAGGCUGAGUACUUAUUCUGCCCUGCAGGAGAAUUUGCAGACCGUGUCUAUCCAAGGGCCAAUCACGAUGCAGGUAGCCAUUUCGACAGAAUCCAGGCAUUGCCUCUCAUUGGUCUACGGCAGCAGUUACUUCAGCAGGCAUCACUCAUACACAGCAGGCUGUUUCGAUGGCUGA